AUGGAGGACGCACGCGAGCGUGUUGUCGGCAAGUUCCGGAUUGAGGAUCGGAGUUUGUUGAGGGAGAUCCUCGCCGAGUUCAUUGGCACUUUUAUGCUUGUGUUUAUCGGAACGUCGGCAAAUAUUCAAGGAGCAAUGCCUGGUGGAGAUCCGGCCGUGACUACGAUUGCAUGGGGCAUCGGAUUUAUGUUUGCUGUUUAUUUGGCCGCUAGCGUUUCAGGAGGACACCUAAACCCAGCGAUCUCACUAGCCCAACUGAUCCUCGGCAAUCUUUCCGCGGGAAGGAUGCUGGCUUACUGGAUCGUGCAGCUACUUGGUGCAUUCGUUGGAGCUGGUGUGACUUGGUUUGGUCAUUUUGACGAUAUCGACUACCUCAGCGCUGGAGAUCGCAACGUUCUCGGCGAUCAUGGCACCGCUGGCCUAUUUGCCACCUACCCUAAAGAACAUAUGAGCACUUGGGGGAGUCUGCUGGAUCAGAUCAUCGGAACUGCAUUGCUAUCCGGUCUUGUCUGCCUUAUCACCGACAAACGGCACAAAAUCCCGCCGGGUUUCGUGCCCCCGCUCGCCGGAGCCAUCAUGGCCAUGGUUGCUGGUACGUAUGGUAGCAACGGUGGAUUUGCUAUUAAUCCGGCUCGUGAUUUGGGACCCCGAUUCUGGCUCCUCUGUGCUGGAUAUGGAGGAGCUGCUUUCAGUGCUUAUUCGUUCUAUUUCUGGAUCCCAAUUGUUGGGCCUAUCAUUGGUGCAUUGAUUGGUGCCUGGAUCUACAAAUUCUUUGUCGGACUUCACGGUGGCCAAGACUCAAUUGAAGUGACCUCCCCAGUCAAAUCAGAACUAGCCCAAAAAGGUUAUCAAGAUGAGGGUGUUCUUGUUGGAUAUUCAUCUCAAGGAGGCACCAUGUCCUCCCAAUAUGCUCCGCCAGUGCCACAGGCUCCGCAACCAAACUAUCCAACAUAUCAAACCCCGAUGAGGACGUUCCAGACAAAUAAUAGCGGAGGG